AUGGAAAAUUUUACCGGACCUAGAUACAGACAGACAAAUGACCUAGUUCAAGAGCCAAAUUUUAGACAAUACUGUCUGGACAGAGUUGUAAAUCAAAAGGAUUUUUUUUUCUGUCUGCGUACCGGCCAACUGGACAUAAAAGACGAGAAGCACUCACCGCCGUUAAACAACAACACACUAGCCUUAUACCCGCACUUGCAAGCUUCGGCUCCACAGUCUAUGUCCUUAUUUUCCCCGGAACAGAUCUUAGCGACGCAAACAGCCGCACUGAUGAACACCCGACUGCCGCCAGGCUUGCAAGCCACUUUAGCCGCCGCAGCAAACUCAGCUUUGUACAACCAAAACCAGAUGGCCCUGUUUGCAGGUUGGAUACCCUCACCAUCGCCUCCACAAGCUCCAAUUUCCCCAAUUCUAAAGCAGUCGUUAAAGCGUACGACUACUAGCCCUACGGAGCCAAUAAAGCGGCCGCGCAAGCGCGGGCCCAAGGCCAAGGAGGAGGUGCCAAUUCAAGCCCCGCCCAGCCCGCCGAAUUCCGUAAGUCCCGAGGCGCCGUCCAAGGACACAGCUCCGCGCGACAAGGUCUUCACCUGCGGAGUCUGCUUAAGAUCCUUCGGCUACAAGCACGUGCUCCAGAACCACGAAAGGACCCACACUGGAGAAAAACCCUUCGAGUGCCCGGAGUGCCACAAGCGCUUCACCAGGGACCACCACUUAAAGACCCACAUGCGGCUCCACACCGGAGAAAAGCCGUACCACUGCUCCCACUGCGAUAGGCAGUUCGUCCAGGUCGCUAACCUCCGCCGCCACCUCAGAGUUCACACCGGUGAGCGGCCGUACGCUUGCGAGCUCUGUUCCGCAAAGUUCAGCGACUCAAAUCAGCUUAAGGCUCAUUUGUUGAUUCAUAAAGGGGAAAAACCCUUUGAGUGCGAGCACUGCAAUGUUAGAUUCCGCCGCAGGCACCAUCUUGUUCAUCACAAGUGCGGAGUUGCGGCUACUGCGCAGGAUUUGAUCAGCUCCGCCCACGCUCAAUUGGCCAAUCAGAGGUUUGGCCUUACGAGGGACAGGGAGUAUGUUAGAGAGAGGGAGUCGGUAAUCAGUGAUGAUUUUGAGGAUGAUUUGGAUGAAGAUUUGGAAAGGAAGAAAAUUGCCGAUUUGCCGAUUAAUUUGUCAGUUCCUAUGGAACUUCCGGAACAGACGGAGCCUGAGGAUUUGUCCAUGAGCACUGGGUCAAUGCGUGGGCAUUCUAAUAGCCACAGUGGAGGGGAUUCGCCGCUAAGCAGGAGUCCUAGUAGUGAUAUUCAUGAUGAUGAUGAUGAUGAGGAUAUUGAUGAUUUAAAUGGAAGGCUGUUUUUGAGCAAGCAGAAUCUUGAUGUGUUUAGGCAUAGGAUUAAUCAUAGUAAAAGUAGGGUUUAG